AUGGCGACAGCCCUCUCGAAUCUCUCCAGAGGCUCCUCUUCGUCGUCAUCGAUGACACCUCCGAGGAGCGCCAUGGAGUCAUGCUUCGUAUCCACACGAGACGGGAUCGUUCUCCAUGCCAGGCUCUUCAAGCCCACCCCCACCACCGCUGAACCUUCCCCUUCCCCUUCCGCCUCCGCCCAAGCCGCCACCGCGGUGGUUCUCGUCCAUCCUUACUCGAAACUCGGCGGCUGCCAGGUCAUCAUGCACGGCAUUGCCUCCAGGCUCUCCAUCAAAGGGCUUACCGCGGUCACAUUCGACAUGAGAGGUGUCGGAAGAUCAACCGGCAAGUCUUCCAUUACCGGAAUCCCCGAAAUCGAGGAUGUUGUCGCUGUCUGCAAUUGGGUUUCCGACAACUUGCCUGUCGACAGGAUCUUGCUUGUCGGGUCAUCCGCAGGAGCUCCAAUUGCUGGCUCGGCGCUGGAUCACCUGGAGAAAGUAGUGGGAUACGUGAGCAUAGGCUAUCCUUUCGGCUUGGCAGCUUCGUUUCUGUUCGGAAAGCACUACAAGCCAACGUUGAAGGCAAGGAAGCCGAAGCUGUUCAUAAUGGGGAGUGCAGACUGGUUCACGAGCGUGCGGCAGCUUAAGAGCAAGGUGAAGAGCUGCGAUGGCAGAGCAGAGAUGCAUCUAAUACAAGGAGCUGGUCAUUUUGAAGUAGAAGGCCCUGCUUUUGAUUCCGUCAUGGUCAAUUUGAUUUUAGAGUUCCAUGAAACGCUAUAA